AUGAGCUUAAAGCGGGCAAAAGGAAACAAGACAAAAUAGAGUAGUAGUGCUGAAGAAGAGAAAAAGAGUGAUUCAAUAUCCAAAUAGAUAAAAAAAUAGAGGAAGAAAAAUAAUAAUGUGGGAAUAAUAGAGAAUAAGAAAAAAGCGAAAAUGUAAGAAUUUUAAAGGGAAGAUGCUUGGAAACAUUUAGAAACAAUAGCAGAUUUGUUAGUUCAAAGUGAUCCUUAUAACAUUUUGAAUAAUGAGGAAUUGAGUACUUUAAUACAAAUUUUAGAAAACUAUGAAAGAGAUCCUAAGGAAUACUAUAAAGAAUGGUUUGAUGAAGAGUAUGAAUAUUAAUUUGAUGAAACAACAUAAUUAAAGAAGGUAUAUAACAGUAAAAGUAUAGCCUAUUAAUUUUAGGAGUAAUUUGUAUAAUUUGAAUCAAUUCAGAAAAAGAGUACAAUACCGAUAUUAUUGGGAUAUUUAAGCAAUAAUCAAAGAUUUGCAUAAAUUAUUUGGCAACAUUUAUAUGAGAUGCAAAAAUCAAUAAUCCUACUAUUAUUUGUCCAAAGUAUGGGAAGAUGCCAAACCAAAGAUUAGAUCAGUUAUAUAGAAGUUUUCAGAAUAAAUUAAGGAAGAGGUGCAUAAUAUUCUAUAAUUGAAAACAGAAUAUAAAAUAUCUUCAAAGAUUUGGCCUGUGAUUCCUGAAAAGAAGGAAAUACGAACUUAUAUUGAAAUAUAGGAUUAUGAACCUAACCCUAAUGAGGAACCCCAUAUAAGUCAAAUAAAAGAGAAAUUAUCAAGCAAGAAAGUUCCAAUAAAAUGCAAGAAUGAUUGUGUUUGUUUUGAUUUAAAUAGAAUGGGAACAUUUAAUUAUUCAGAAAUAACUUGGGAUUCAGAAUGUCCAAAUAGACGUAAUAGAAUUGAAUGUAAAGAACAUGAAGGAACAGAUAAAACAUGUUUAAAUAUGUAAAUUUAAUUAAAAUAAUAUUUAACUAAUAGAAUUAAUUUUGGAGAUAAUGCAGAUGUAGAAGUAUAAUUAAUAUUUAAAAUAUAAAGGAAACAUUAUGUUGGGGAAUAGAUGUUUAUACAAGAAAUGUUAUAAUGAACAUUCUACCAUUAGAUUAUGAUGAAUAAUAGAAAAAUUUAUUUAUUGAGAAAUUAAUUUUAGCAAUCAAUAGACCAAAUGAUAAAUAGAGAGGAUAUGAUAUGGGAUUAGCAUGUGAUUAUAUAAUUAAAGAAUCCAGAAUGAUAUCAAGUUAUUAUAAUAAGGAUGAUAGAAAAAUGGCUAAAUAAAUAAAAAGAGUAAUAAAACUUGAUGGAGGAGGAUUUAGAAUUCAUACAAAAGGAUGUGGAUUAGUUUGUGUAAAUAAAUUUGGUAUUAAAACAAAUUCUCUUAUUAUACCUUAUUUGGGUGAAAUCUAUCAACCAUGGAGAUGGUAUGAAAAAUAAGAUUUUAUUAAAAAAUAAAUGAAAGAAUUUAAUAAAAAAGAUAUCCUUCCAGAUUUUUAUAAUAUUAUGUUAGAUAAACAUCCUGAUGAAGAUGAUGGAAUGGAUAUCCUUUUUGUUGAUCCUAUUAAUAAAGGCAAUUUUUCAUCAAGAUUAAGUCAUUCUUGUAAUCCUAAUUGUGGUACUGUUACAACUGUUAGUAAUGGAACUUAUGUUAUUGGAAUGUAUGCUAUGCGAAAUAUUUAAUAUGGUGAAGAAUUAACAUUUGAUUAUUGUUCAUUCACUGAAAGUAAAUAAGAAUAAUUAUAAGCUUUAUGUUUAUGCGGCAGUUUAAAUUGUAGAAAGUAUUUCAUUUAUUUUAUUAGAUAUUAUUUGGAGUUGUCUAAUCAAAGAGAAUAUAAUGCUAUUUUAGAUAGAAAUCAUUGUUUUAUUAAAAGAAAUGCUAUUCUUUUUAAUGCUUGUCUAGAUAAUAUCAAAAUAGAUGAAUCGCUUUUUAACAAACAUAAAAUUAGAUCUAGUUUAUUAACAGCUUGUCCUUUCUGGUUAAAAAGUUGGAUUUCUUAAUUGCUUAAAUUUAUUGAUGAAGAGUAUUAUUUCAUUUCAGAGUAGAUAUUUAAUAUAUAAGACAGAGUUAGAUACAAAAUUCGUUCUUAAUGAAGAAACUUAAAAUUGGAAUCUAUUUACUGUUUAAUAACAUUCUGAAGAAAGAAUAUAAAACUUAAUUUUCACUUUAGAUAAAAUUAAGUUCUUUUUAAAAUAGAGUGAUUCAGUUGAACCUCCAUUGUCUAAAAUUUCUAAUGAAGAUUUAAUUAUGAAUUUUUGGAGAAUUAAUAAUUCAAAUGACUCUCUAUUAUAAAAUGAUGUUUAUCAGUUAUUUUAAAAAUUUGGAUUGAAAAAGUUGAUGGAAUUAAUUACACACAUUUCAGAAAAGAGACAUUUAUAUGAAAUUUAAGAAUAAUUGAUUUUAACAAGAUUAUUAUUCUUAGUGCUUUCACAUUUACUUUUAUAAUAAAAGCAUUCAUUUUAAUAUGAAGGAUUGUCUUUGAUGUUAUAAAUGAUGGCAUUUACAUACACUUAUUUCAAGGCCACUGAAUAUAAAGGAUUUUAAUCUUUUCCUAUGGAAGAUCUAGAAUGGGGCAAAGUAGGUUUGAUAAAGAAGAAAUGUAAAGUUGAGGGAAAAAUCUAUUCAUCCUUAUUUGUAUGGGGUUAACUUGUUGGAUGGUAUAAGUAAACUGUAGCCACACCCUAAAUAUCACUUAGUGUAGAUCGUAGAGGCACUUUAUUAUAUCCUUAGAUUUGUUCAUUUGAUAUAUCUGGAGAAAAAUAAGUCUCAUCAUUACAAGAUAAAUGUAAAACUGACUAUUUUCAAAAAUAACUCGAAAAAAGAUUUAACAUAAUAGUGGGAGAAUUGAAUUAUAAAACUAAUUAAAAAUAUUUUGGUACCAUUUUUUUUGAAUAGAUUUAUUCAAAAGAAUUGGGUUCAGAAUUUUUAGAUAGGGCAUUAAUUUAUGAUAAAAAAGAUUUCAAUAUCAAAUUUAAACAAUUUCUAAAGUAUGAAAAAAUUAAAUUCAAUCAUUCAUCAGAUAAAAUCUAUAAAUUAAUGGAUAACUUCAAAAAUUUGAUAUAGGUUUAAUUACCAAAAUAAAAGCUUAAUAAAAAAUAGAUGGAAGAAAUAAAAUCAGAAGAAAGACAUAAGGAAGAUUAAAAAGAGAAUGCCUGA